UCUCUCUUCCCCUUUGCUCUCCUCCGCUGCCACUCGUCCCAGAGAGCAGAAGCCCUCUGGGUUCUGGAGGGGGCUGGCUGGCUUGGGGGUGGAAGGCAGUUGGGUCAGACUCCCCCCUUUUCCCUUCCCUAAAGUCUCUCCUCUCCCUCUGGCAUGGUGAGGUUCUGCCCAAGCUAGAAGACGUGGAGGGGCAUCCCAGGAGCAGAGCAACAGCUGGAGGCAGAGAGGCACCCACCCACCUGCACUGCUGUCGGGGUGAAGUGAGCCAGGAUGUCCCAGCUGUCCGUCAACGAUCACCUGGAGGGGAUCCUCUCGGACUUCGAAGCGCUGAAGAGGUCGUUUGAUAUGGAGGAUGCUGAAGAGGCUCCAGCUGUUCCGCCUUCCUGCCCGUUCGGCCCCAGCACGCCUGCAGACAGCCUAGCUGCGGGCAAUGGGGAGAGCGGCCAGCUGGCCAGCCUCCCACCUCCCACCUAUCAAUCCCGCAUCAGCCUCAGCUCGAGCCCCAGCCCAGCCCAAAGCCCUGUGCUGAAGACCAGGAUUAGCACCAGCUUCUCCUUCAACAGAGGCACCAUCCAGCUGGCUAGGGCCAAUGGCGCCGUGAGCUCCAGCCUGACCCGCGUCGCCUCUUUCCAAGCCAGGCUCGAUCCCAACGGCUUCUCUUCCUCCUUGGGCCCAGGCAGCGAGAGCCUCCACAGCUCCUCCUCCAGCUUGGAGUGCCCACCACCCUCCAGCACGCCCCAGAGUGCUGCCAGGCAGCCGGAGCCUCGGGGGCUCAAGGCCGCCCCGGUUGCCAGCCCGGCACUGAAGAAAUUCUCUUCUCACAGUAAUGUCUUCCAUUCCGAGGCGGAAGAGCCCGUCCAGCUGGUGUCCAAGGCCGGAGUGAACCAUGGCUCGCUGCCCUCCCUGGACCUGCACAUUGCUGAAGAUCAGGGCUCCCCCAUCCCACUCGCCCCUGCCCUGGCUUUUCACUCUGCUGGAGCCUGGAGCAGCGACAGCCAGAACUGUGCCUUGCUCCGAGGGAAGAGCAGCACACCCAUUAGUAGGGAGCCUUCCUUCUCUUCCUCUUCCUCCUCUUCCUCCUCCUCCCCACUCUCCGAUGCAGCCCAGAGGCCCAGUCUGAGCUCCGCUCCUCCACUCUCCAGGCGGCCACCAAAGCUGCAGAAAUUCCCCAUCAGCCUGGAUGGUUUGAUGGGGAAGCCUCUGGAUGGCUCUGAUCCAGCGCUGAGUGCUGACUCUGCAUCCAGACUGCUGCCAAGGACUCAGCUCCAGCUCAGCCUCAGCACCAGCCCCAGCCUGUCCCGGCAGCCCCCGGGUAGGGCCAAGGAGGAUGCAGUCGCAGCCGCUGUGAGUGGUGUCUCUGCAGUGCCCUCUUCAGGGAAGUGCCCAGGUGCCCAGGUCAAUGAGAGCCCUUGGCCACCGUCUCUGUCUCCAGCUCAAGCUGCUCCUUUCAGGCUCAUGUCUCGGCCACAGAUAAUGCAAGUGACUUCUCAACCCUCCUUUCUUGGGGGCCCAGCAGCACCCAACCCAAGGGAACGUGUUAGAUCCAUGGCGGAAAGAGUCAACUCCUUCUCCAGCUCUGAGGUCUCAGGCCUUGGGGCUCCUGCUCCCAGUUCCUGCCGAAGGGAAGCCCCCUACAUAGGCCCGACAGGUUCUCCCAGGGUCUUUUCUAUGAGCGAGGAGAUGCACAACCGAGAGAAAACAAAGGAAGAGAGUAGCCCGGAGCCAGGGUGUAUCAGCAUGGAGGGGCAGCCCGUCCAGCCAAUGCCCGAGGAGACACCCCGCAAUGCUAACCCAGCCAACGUGGGGCUGGAGCUCUUUGGCUACGUGGGCAUCGAGGCGGUGCUGGAUCAGAUGAGGAUCAAGACCAUGAAAACAGGCUUCGAAUUCAACCUCAUGGUUGUAGGGCAGAGCGGCCUGGGGAAGUCGACAAUGGUGAACACCCUCUUCAAGUCGAAGGUGAGUCGGAAACCUACAGGCCCCGGCUAUGAGGAGCAUGUCCCAAAGACAGUGCAGCUGCAGUCCAUCACCCACGUUAUCGAAGAGAAGGGCGUGAAGAUGAAGCUGACUGUGACAGACACGCCGGGGUUCGGUGACCAGAUCAACAAUGAAAACUGUUGGGACCCCAUCAUCAAGUACAUCAACGAGCAGUACGAGAAGUACCUGAGAGAGGAGAUCCUCAUCAGCCGCAAACAGAAGAUCCCGGACACCAGGGUCCACAGCUGUGUGUACUUCGUGCCACCCACUGGCCACUGGCUGCGUCCCUUGGAUCUGGAGUUCAUGAGGCGGCUGAGUAAGAUUGUCAACAUGGUGCCAGUGAUCGCCAAGGCGGAUACCCUGACCCUGGAGGAACGGGCCGAGUUCAAGCAAAGGAUCCAGAAGGACGUGAAGGCCCCGGCCAGCGUCUAUCCCCAGGAGGAUUUUGAUGACAACCCAGACGACAGGAUAUUGAAUAAUAAAAUUCGCGACAAAAUCCCCUUCGCAGUGGUUGGAGCAGACAAGGAGCAUCAGGUGAACGGGAAGAGGGUCCUGGGCCGCAAGACCAAGUGGGGGAUCAUUGAAGUGGAGAACCCAGCGCACUGCGAAUUCCCCCUGCUCCGAGACCUGCUCAUCCGUUCCCACCUGCAGGAUCUCAAGGACAUCACCCACAAUGUGCAUUAUGAGAGUUACCGCAUGCAGCGGCUCAACGAGAGCAACCGGCUGGCGCUGAGCCCCGUCAACGGGCUGCUGGGGAAGGAUGAGGUGGAGAGCAACCUCUGAGCAGUGAGAGCAGGGCGUCCUCCUCCCAGACAGCGCCCACAGACUGGCUGAGGGGGGAGGAGAUGAGAUCCCCACCCACUGGACAGAGCUCCUCUGUUCUCACUGCCCUGCUCAAGUGCCCUAGUGCUGGGCCAGACACCGACUCAGCCUGCACCAACAUCUUCUGGCCGUGCAACAGCCUUAAGCAAGGAGCAACUCCUGGGGGGCCAUGCCAGGUGCUGCCUCAAGGGCCCCCACUGCUCCCCAUCCGUUCCUCCUGCUUUCCCCACACCCGUCCACCUUGGCGACUUUGCAUGGCGCUCGUAGGUUCCUGGCACACGCACCCCCUGCACCUCUGCUCCCCGACAAGCAUGCCCCAGUUCUGGAGGGAGCCCUGCCCUACCAAAGAGGCACAGUCUGGAGCCAGUGGGCCUGAACCCCUGUGACGCACCCACAGGAAGGUGUGUUGGCACAGGGCCUUUCCCAGCUCAUGCCGUUGCCCCCAGGACUCGGGCAGCCUCAGGACUGCGCUGCUGAGAACAGCCUCCCCUCCUGAUCUUCCCUACAUGGGCUGCUGCCCUGAGCCUCCAGCUCCUUCGGGAGUCCCUGCGCCUGUAUCCCGCAACGAGGGGGUACUGGAGUAGAACACUGCCCCGCAUGCUGUGGGGCAGAGGGAGCCUGGGGUGAGAGAGGCAGAGCUAGUCCUUCCUGCUGUGGGGUAGAGGGAGCCCUGGGGCUCGGGAGGCAGAGCCAGCCCUUUGUGCUGGGGGAUGAGCAAAGCUCUGGGAGAUGGAGGUACCCAGCCAGCCAGCCAGCCAGCCUCUCCUAUGCCCUUAGGGGACAGCCCUGUGGAAUUCCUCUAGGGGCUCUGACCCAUCCUACAGAGGGCUAGAGCCUGUUGCUACCCCACAGGAUUAGGGAAAAGAUGGGAUGGGCUGUGCUAAGGUUUGGGGAAUAGCAGAGGAGGACGGAGGCCCAACCGACUGCCCGUUGGGCAGAGUCACCAGCACUGUGUGUUCAAACUACACGUGGGCUGGGAAAAGUUGGGGGAAGGGGGGUGGGAAGAUGGAUGCAGGCUGCCCCAGCCAGGGGGAGAGGCAUUGGUGGGAGGCCCAGGGCUGGUGCUGAGCUCCAGGCAGCGGGAGGAGCGAGAGGUAUCACUGGGGAAUCCCCCCAGCCCGCAGGGCGGUGCUUGGCCAUUUACUCUCCUCUGUACAGCUGGGGCUGGGGCUCAUUCUCUCGCUGGAGGCUCUGGUCACCCAUUAAAGAUCUCCCUGCAACCUUG